AUGUCGUCGACAGAUCAGAAAUACAACGACUCAACCGGCCACUUUUCCGACAUAAGUGCGCAUGAGCAACCGCAAAGAGUGAAUGAAGACCAACUGGACUGGGACCAACACGCGGAGAAUAAGCUGGUUCGGAAAAUCGAUUGGCGACUCAUUCCAAUUUUAGGAGCUCUGUAUUCCAUUGCCCUAAUUGAUCGUGUCAAUAUCUCCAAUGCACGGAUUGCUGGCAUGGGAGAGGAUCUGGAUUUGAAUGUGGGAAACCGAUAUACUGUCGUCUUAGUGGUGUUCUUUCCCCCAUACUGCCUGUUCGAGCUACCUUCCAAUAUUGUUCUUCGUCGUGUGGGAAGUGCCAACUGGCUCUCAUUCAUUGCGUUCGCGUGGGGAUGUGUCAUGAUCGGUCAAGGGUUUGUCAAGUCGUACGAGGCUCUCGCCGUCUGCCGUACGUUGCUCGGUUUCUUUGAGGCAGGCUUCUUCCCUGGAUGCGUGUACUUGAUCAGCUGCUGGUAUAAGCGGUACGAGGUGCAGAAACGCCUCGCCUUCUUUUAUCUCAUGUCCGUUCUCGUCGGCGGUUUCUCGAAUAUCCUUGCAUAUGGCCUGAUGCAGAUGGAGGGCGUGGGCGGCCUGCGCGGGUGGCAGUGGAUCUUUAUCAUUGAAGGCCUGUUGACAGUAACCGUUGCCGUCAUUGCAUGGUUCAUCAUUAUCGACUUCCCGGACAAAGCGGAGAAGAAGGGCCUCUUGACGCGCGAAGAAGCCUCAUUCAUCAUCCGGCGGAUCGAGGAUGACCGGAAAGAUGCUGUCCCUGAUCCACUCACAUGGGCCAAGUUCUGCCAUCACCUGAAGGACUGGAAACUCUGGGUCUUUUCGAUGAUGUUUAUGUCGACGGCUAACCCCGCGUAUGCUUUUGCGUACUUUAUGCCAGUGAUCAUCCAGGGAAUGGGAUACACUGCCGGGGUUGCCAACUUACUUUCGGCGCCCCCAGUCGUUGCUGCAGUGAUCAGCGCUUUGACAUUUGCAUGGGUUGGCGAUAAAUACCACAAACGUGCUCCCGUGAUUCUAGCCCAGGCACUCAUCGUGCUCAUUGGGCUUAUGAUCACGGCUUAUCACGGUUCUGACGGCGUCCGAUAUUUCGGAAUCUUCCUUGGUGUUGCCGGCUGUCAAGGCAAUGUCCCAGCCAUCCUUGCCUAUCAAUCCAACAACAUCCGGAUGCAGUCAAAGCGAAGUGUAGGCAGCGCGCUUCAGAUCGGGUUUGGAGCGAUUGGUGGCAUCCUCGCUUCCACCACCUUUCUCCAGAAGGAAGCUCCGACAUAUAGAAGUGGGCUAUGGACUACCGCAGGGUUGCAGCUCUUCAUCAUUUGCUCUGUCUGCUGCACAUCGGUUUAUUUCUGGAAGAAGAAUGGCCAGGUCGAUACCGGGACUUUGGAGAAGCCGAUCGAGGGACAGGAGGGAUUCAAGUACACUCUCUAG